AUGUCGAAAAACACUAAAAGUCUCCAACAACAACUCUUCCAAGCAUUGGUUGCCCAAACAUUUAUACCACUUAUUCUGAUGUACAUUCCAAUCACAAUACUUUUUCUAUUCCCAAUGAUUGGAUAUGAUAUUGGGCAACUUAGUUCAUUUGUGACAUCAACUAUCUCAAUUUAUCCGGCAAUUGAUCCUAUUCCAAACAUGUUGAUCAUAAAAAGUUAUCGUAACACAGUACUCUAUUUUUUCUGUUCAAUGUUCCGUUUUUCCCACAAGAUUUACCACUAGAGUUGAUAUCGUUGUUACCAAUUCUCUUACUUGAAAUAAAUUGUUGCAUUUUGUCAAUCGCAUAGCUUUUUUUAUUUGAGUUCUCAAAGUACAGCUUUAUAUGGGUUGACUUCAACUUCAACUCAAAAUAUUUCCACAUCACUUGAUAAUGUAAUUGAAUCACAACUUGGCCUUCAAUGUGGUACCUGUUACUAA